CGGUAUUUAUACUAACAUUAUUUCACCUCACUUUUUGCAUUUUCAUUCCUUCAUUUAUCUCUCUAUGUAUCCCUAGUUAUCCUCCAUCGAUCACGUGCAAAUCAAAGCUCCUAACCGCCGGCAGCCUCAUCGAAGAUGUACGCCAGAGGUAUCACCAUACCACUUAUCCGUAGAACAUCACAUCCACAUAGCUCCUCUUUGUAGCUCCUCCUUACAGACCAUCCUUCUGCUGCCUAAUACUACACCCAUGGAGAACUACGCCCCCGAGUACUUCGAAUUGCCGAGCCCGUUGGUGUUUGUGCAGGGCUUGGAGCAUGGGCGUCCAGCUUCGCUGGACUCCGAGGCGUCUGAUUUGCUGUCCAACCCGAUCCUCCUGUCACCUAGCUACACCCAGGAUAUGCUCCACCGCACAUCGCCCGCCGUGACAGCCGCGUGCGGGCUCGAGCUCGUCACGCGCAUAAGUGCCCAUGCGCGCGCGGACGUGUUCUGGGACAAUGCGAUAAUCAAAAACCGCUUGGGCACACCGCGCGCCUGCAAUGUGCGCUUCAUCAGCACCCAGCACUAUUUACCGACGCGCAAGAGCCCUACAGGUUCGCCGCUCUCCGCUUUCGCGAUGCAGGACGCGCACGCGCUACUCACCGAGCACUGGUUCCAGAAGCACUUUGCGCUUGUGCCCUCCGUUGUCGUCUCUGUGUAUGAAAUCGAUGGCAGCGUGUCAGAUCCCCAGCGUUACCUCCAGCAGGACGCAGAACUAGCACAGGAAAUCAACAUGUUGAAGGCUCAAUUGGCGGGGCAGGAUAUCCGACUUGUACCGCUCAUGGUGUGCGCUCAGAGCAGCGAUGCGCCGAGCCUUGAUGCGCGUGUCGCAAGUUUGCGCCGCCUUACACAACUCGGAACGAAGUUGUUCUAUCUUCCCGCCGGAACCCAGCGUGAAAUCGAAGUCUUGGUGGAGGUUUUGAUGACCAGUGUGCGCACGCUCGCACUGGACUAUUACGUGAACUUGGAAAAGCGCAUCCGCAAGCGGAAGUUGAACAAGCACGGUCAUGAAUUGAACACGGUAGGCUCAGCCUUACCCCCUUCGUCGCUAGACACAACCCCUACGUACGUCUCUGCGCUCCACUUGGAAGCGCGCCAGUUGGUGAAGCUUGCGGUGGUCAGCCAGUUCCGCUUAGCAUCGCACGACGCGACACUCAAGCUCCUCGAGCAAGCGCACAAACUCCUUGUCCAGGUUUUGAGCAACGCGGACGAGUUUGCGCACGCGUCACCGAUCACGCCGGACACGUGGCAGAACUACCGCGCACUCCUAGACGUUAUUGCAUUCCAUGCGACGCGGCUCUACCUCGCAUGUGAGUUUCCCAACGUUGCAUACACCAAGUUCGACCACCAUAUCCAGGUGGUGAUCUCACACUUGUUGAAGCCACGCGGCAUUCGCCCCGCGUCGGCUCCUGUGUUGUACUGGCUCUCCGCGCAGUUCGAGUGGUUGGCUGACUUAACAUCCAGAUGCCCCAGCAUCGUCAGCCGCAACCACGCCUUGUGUCCCGACUCGGUUGGUGGUGUGGGCGUCUUGUCCAUGUUGCAUCCAGGAUUUUCAGCCAUGAAGAGCUUGAGUUUGUUGAAGCGAAUGGGAACAGACGCUGCCAAGGGCCCUCCGGGCCCUUCUGAUGGCUACCUUUCAGAAUACACCCAAGACAUAGACUCUCAAACCCGCGAGUUGGCGUUGUUGGAUAAGGCUGAGAGGUGUUUCCAGACAGAGUCUGCGAAAGCCAACCAGUUCACACGCACGCUCAGCACCAUCUACUUCCAAAAGGCCGAGAUAUACUACGGGCUCCAGCAGUACGAAUUAGCGGUGGAAUGGUUCACCCGGUGCUUGGACGACGAGUUCUCCCACUGGAGCUAUCUCGCUAGCACCGUCUACUGGCGACUCCUCAGCGCCUGGGGCGCGUUGGGCCAGGUUGACGAAAUGGUCUCGGUGUACUUGAAGUUGUGCUGCUUGCCUGCACGGAUCCAUGAGCAGAUUGACUUGCUGUUUACGAGAUUUUUGGAGUCGCGCGAGGUGGCCGUCACGACUAAUCCUGUCGAUAUCCAGUGUCUCUUUGAAAACAGAGUCACCCCGUUAUCCAAGGCGUCUUCCGUGCAGUUACGUCUCGCCAGCUUGGUGAAGCAGAGCGCGGUGUCGCCCCAAAACUUUGUCCUCCAGGAGGUUGUGGUGGAGUUUGACCGCGGGUUUAAAAACGUUAGGUUGAAGCACGAUGGAUCAAAGCCUGUAGAGGGGCUUGUAACGCUCCAGGAGACUGACUUUCAGGAGAAUGAUGGCGUGCUAGAGGCCGCGGUCAACUUGGACCUCUCUGCCGCCAAAAUCUUUCAGUUCACCCAGCAUUGUUCGAUGAUUGGGACGUUUUCCGUCAAAUCUGUUGCCUACAAGGCUUCUUUUAGCUUAGGAGCGAACGCUACCGUCGUGAGUCUUAGCGGUUCCAGUGUUUUUCAGCAAGGUUUCCAGGACCGAUACGCUUGGCACGGCUCAAACACCCGCUACAUUUCCACCUCCCGGCCGUGGACCACGGACAUCGAGCCAAGACGCCCGGAAACGAUCGUUACGGUAAGCGAGCCUCCGCAUGCUAUCAAGGGCGAAAAGUUGAAGCUAACCGUGCUGGUGGAUAACAAAGACCACGCCAGCGUCAACGUGGAUUUGAUCGUGGACGACACAGCCCAUUCAAACGGAACUAAAGCUCCGGUUCCCGUCCAGUGGGCCGAUUCCUCCGGUAGCACGGUGGUGGAUGUUGGGCCGAAAACUGCGCAGGCCUUGGUGUUGUCGGUGGCGGUGCCAAUGGAUUGGGAUAAUAACGUCAUCCGGGUGAAGAUCAAGACCAUUUUCUACGUCGAGAACGACCGCGACAUUCCCGUGGUGGAUUACCUCAGCUUUUCGAUCCCGGUCAUCGAUCCUUUCAAGUACCUGUUGCUGAUCCAGCCCCGCUUGCGCGACGGUGAUAUGCCGUCUCCGAUGGUCAUCCCUGAGGAUAUCGCAGAUAGCAUCCCGUUGGUGCAGAGGUCGUGGUCGGCGAGGGUCUCGGUUGGGUACACCCAAAAGGAUAAAGUGGCCUUGGGCCCGUUGAAGAUUGUGGGCUAUGAGCUUGUCACAACGACGGAUCUGUCAGAACACACUGUCGGGGCUAUCGCUUCUGAGGACUCCCCUAUCACCUUGGAGCCUGAAACCAGUGCCGGGUUGGAACGGUUGUUCUACACCAGGCCCACCGGUGCCAAGUCUGCCCGAAACCUCGCAUUGGCAUGCCACAUGAAGAUUCAAUGGCAACGAGAGGGCGGCGAGGUUAAUGAGCUUGUGACACCUUCCUGGAAGCUCAGUCUUCCAUUGCUUGACCCGAGAAUUUUGUUGAUGGUGGAGAAGUCAGACCCGCGGGCUAUUGGCUUGGUGUACACUAUUGAAAACCCCACAGCUAGGGUGUUUACCUUCUCGACCACGUUUUCCAACUACGAGCUUGACUACAAUUUGGUGGUGGGUACUGAUAUUGUCCAAACGGUGCUGGUAUUACCAUUCUCCCACCACGAGCUUCGCUACAGUAUCAUCCCCAAGACCACUGCCGAAUGGUUUAAGUUGCCUGAAUUGAAGGUGUAUGAUGUUAACUACAAGGUGAGUUUGCCCACGCUCCUCGCAACCACCGAUGUCAGACAGGAUAGAGGCAAUAAUUUCUUAGUCAAUUCCUCUUUUUUGGAAUAGUUCAAAAAGAUUCCGACACCUCCCCGGUUAGACUUUUCACCAUGUAGACCCGCGUUAGUAUAUGUAGUAUGACAACUCUGGCACACAAAACGUCAUUGGGACUUGAGUCUACACAGUAUUACGUCAUAGCACCUUAAGGUGUACGCGUAAAUUUUCGGUCGUGCGUAAAUUUCAGUGCUAAUUUAUCCCCGCCCACGCGUUCUGCUCCUUUUCAACAGUUAGACCUCCGCGAACUGUCACAAACUUUCUCACCUCCACCGCAAUUGCAAUGUUGGCCAGAUCCUUUUUAAAGCCAGCCUCCUUCCACGCCUUCACCCCGUUGAGAUCUUUUUCCCAUACACAAUUCAGAAUGUCUCAAGUCGUUGUUGAAAAAUUAGCUCCAGGU